CUACACCUCCAGUCUGCUUCUGUUGUCUCGGCGGAUUGUUGGGCUGUGGGAGAGAAAGGAUAUCGCGAGUAUUGGAGUUUUGGUGAGAGUUUGUGGAAGAUGGCGCCUGUUGUGACAGGGAAGUUCGGGGAGCGCCCUCAGCCACAGCGCCUAACAAGAGAAGCGAUGAGGAAUUACCUGAAGGAGCGAGGUGACCAAACUGUCAUGAUCCUGCACGCAAAAGUUGCACAGAAAUCCUACGGCAAUGAGAAAAGGUUCUUCUGCCCUCCUCCCUGCGUUUACCUGAUGGGCAGCGGCUGGAAGAAAAAGAAGGAGCAGAUGGAGCGAGACGGCUGCUCCGAGCAGGAGUCGCAGCCUUGUGCCUUCAUCGGCAUCGGCAACAGCGACCAAGAAAUGCAACAGCUUAACUUAGAGGGAAAGAAUUAUUGCACAGCCAAAACCUUGUACAUAUCCGACUCCGACAAGAGAAAGCACUUCAUGUUGUCUGUCAAGAUGUUCUACGGCAACAGUGCUGACAUCGGUGUCUUCCUCAGCAAGAGGAUCAAAGUCAUCUCCAAGCCCUCCAAAAAGAAGCAGUCCCUCAAAAACGCAGACUUGUGCAUCGCAUCAGGGACCAAGGUGGCGCUGUUCAACCGGCUGCGGUCCCAAACAGUCAGCACGCGCUACCUGCACGUCGAGGGCGGCAACUUUCACGCCAGCUCCCAGCAGUGGGGCGCCUUUUACAUCCACCUGUUGGAUGACGAGGAGUCAGAAGGAGAAGAGUUCACUGUGAGAGACGGUUACAUCCACUACGGCCAGACGGUGAAGCUGGUUUGCUCCGUCACCGGCAUGGCCCUGCCCAGACUGAUCAUCCGCAAAGUGGACAAGCAGACGGCGCUGCUGGACGCCGACGACCCCGUCUCCCAGCUCCACAAGUGUGCCUUCUACCUGAAGGACACAGAACGCAUGUACCUGUGCCUUUCCCAAGAAAGGAUCAUCCAGUUUCAAGCCACUCCAUGCCCAAAGGAACCAAACAAGGAGAUGAUCAACGACGGCGCCUCCUGGACAAUCAUCAGCACAGACAAGGCUGAAUACACUUUCUACGAGGGCAUGGGCCCCGUCCACUCGCCUGUCACCCCCGUGCCUGUGGUAGAGAGCUUACAGCUAAACGGCGGUGGCGACGUCGCCAUGCUGGAGCUGACGGGACAGAACUUCACUCCAAAUCUGCGGGUCUGGUUCGGAGACGUCGAGGCUGAGACCAUGUACAGGUGUGCGGAGAGCAUGCUGUGCGUGGUGCCCGACAUCUCCGCCUUCCGCGAGGGCUGGCGCUGGGUGCGGCAGCCCGUCCAGGUGCCCGUCACGCUUGUGAGGAACGACGGCAUCAUCUACUCCACCACACUGACCUUCACCUACACGCCGGAGCCCGGGCCGCGGCCACACUGCAGCGCCGCCGGGGCCAUCCUGCGGGCCGGAAACUCCAGCCUGCUCAGCAACAGCAGCCAGGAGGCCGGCCCCGGCGUCUACGGCCCCAACAGCACCUCCAACGCGGGCGUCACAUCCUCAUCCUCCACCGCCGCAGCUGUGGUCUCCUAACGCACACAGGGGGCCACUCAAUACGAUAUGCCUUGAGAGCAAAUGUACCACAAGGUAUAUGAAGACUAUGGGAAAUAAUAAACAAAAACUGACUCACUCUGAAGUGCUGCGUAUUAAUUUUGGAUACAAAGAAGCUGAAGUGGAAGAAAUUUGGCGGGAGAACGGAGCGAACACGUGGGGGAAUCCGAAGGAGGAGGUGACAUCACCACGUUGUCGGCCAACGGGAAUAAGCGAAAGUGCUCCUUGAUGCGCCCCCUCUCCUGUGGUUACUUUAGGGACCUGCCUAUCCAGUUCUGGUGUUUUGGAAUGAGUGAAGUUCCUGCAGGCUCAGAGCACCAGCACCUUUCUACGGCUGCGAGGACGGACGCCACAACAACAAUACAUCCACCAAGUACAAAAAAAUGAAAAAAAAAAUCCUCUUGAAAGUAUAUUUUUUGUGCCUCCUCCCCCCAACCUCCCUCCCACCACUUGUUUUAUAAUUAUUCCUUUUUUGUUUUGUGUUACUUCUUCAGUCGUGGUUUCCUAAAGGGGGCUGGAUGUGUUGUUGUUGGAGGGAGCGCGAGGAUGCAGAGGGACUCACAUAAAACGUGACGAUAACAUAGUUUUUAUGGACCAAGGAUCUUGUAUAAGCUUUAGUAAAGGUACAUUUUUCUCCAUACCUUUUUUGUAUUAAACAUAUAGUACACUUUUGUUACCAAAUAGUUUCUAUUCUUCCUCUGAGCUUGGGCUUUGUUUUCCCCCUUUUGAGGUCCAAAAUCCCACCCUGUAUGUGAUUGCGACCUUACUACAAACGCCUGCUUUUUCAGUCUUUGGAUUGAAUCUUUUUUUUUGUUUUGAUACUCUUUGCUUCUUCUGUUGGGGGGGAAAAAAACAAAUCUGAAGUCUGGGUUGUUUAUUUACACAAGCGAAGGUUGUUUUUUUUUUUUUUUUUUAAUUGGGGAAAAACCUCAGAGGGCCUAUGUUUUAUCAUUGGUUUUUAUGAAGUCUUUAAAAAGAAAAGCUUUAAGCAACGCCUCUGCCUUGCCUGCAAUACUCUAUGUGCGCUAUGUCUCCUUUGGAAAGUAUACACAUCAGUACAUCUCACAUGGAGCCAUAGCAACAUUUGCAGAAUCCAUCAAAAACUAGACUUCCAUGGUUACGAAAUCAAGUCAGUUUGUCAUUUUCAAACUAAUGUAACAAGCGUAGUCACUUAAAAAGGAUAGCCUUAGUACUGUAUAUUCUUACUGUGUACACAAGCAAACCGGUCACAUAUCUAAUAUCCUGUAUCUGUCGCUCUAUUGGUCACUGUCAGCGUAUCGGAUAAUGUAGUGAAACGUGUCUCUCAACACCCAGCGAGGUGUCUUCCAGUGUGUGCUGUAGUUCUGGUGGCAUUUAACUCCCAGCGGGGUUUUUUGUUUUGUUUUUUCCAAAAAAACAAAAAACAAAAAACAAAAAAAAAAAAAGAUGGACACUUUUCAAUUUGAUGUGGCCUUACUGAUACCUUCAAUUCCCAAAAAACAAAAAAAAAAAAACAAACAAACAAAAAAAAAAAACUUCACCUUUUUUUCUUA